UUUGCGUCAAUUUGAAUGACAUCAUCAUCAGAUACAGAAGCAGAGAAGACUAAGGCGAGCGUGAGCAUGACGUAUGCUCUUUGUUUGAUUCUUGAUGACAACAGCAGAAAUAUGGCGACGGGUGUUAGUGAGAAUUUUUCGCAGGAAAACGACGAUUUAAAGCCUAUAAAAAGCGAUGUAGAGCUUCAAGAAAUAUUCAGAAAGCUGCAAGUCCAUCGUAGAAUAAAAAUAUUAUCGACUGGAUAUGGAACAGUUGCAGAUAGGAGGUCUUUUCCAAAACAUUGUGGAAGUUUACCCGAAAAACACAAGCGAAGAAAGCUUUUAAGACCAGCAACUUUUUCGUGGCAUAGUGGAGUAAAUAGUUAUGAAAAGAAAAUGAAAGAGGAACAAAAUUCGAGGGGAAAGACUGGCAGUCGACCUGAAUGUAGAUCAAUCACUCUUUGGACCUCACAGCGCCCAGUCCAAGGAUGUGGGGAACAGUUUAGAAAGGGAGUUAAUGUAAAAGCUUCAGAGUCGUUGAAUAUGGACGACACUACACCAGAUGAACUUGCUGCGUACGUUGACCAAGUACUUCACCUUCCUAAACCGAUGUCACAAAUGGCUGAAAUGAUGUAUACUUGAUGUAGACUUUAUGUAGAUGUAAUGUGGGUAUGUGGUUGUUGAACAAAUCAAGAAAUCAAGGUCGCUUGUUGGUAAAUGCUACUUUAUUUUGAUGCGUGUUUGUCAGAAUGUUGUUUUGAUAAAUUUUGCAAGAUUUUGGUGCAAUGCUUGGUUGAAUCUUUUGCAAGAAUGAUUAUGACACAAGUCUCUGUUGUAAUACAUAUUAUUUAUUGAUAAUAUUUUUCCAUAAUUCGGUUCACAUUUUCUAAAUAAAAAUCAUUGACUAUCUUUAUGCUACCUGCUGCACAAAAUACUAAAGUCAUUAGUGCAAAGGUCCAUGUACUUUGGCUUUUGCAAAGAUAUAUUCACUCAAUUUAUAAAAGACUAGUAAACUUUAUUAAAACCUAUUUAUUAAA